UACCCUUUUCUAUGCUCUGAGGUUAUAAUUUAUAUGUCAAAACCUCUUCUACAUAUUCCACUUCUAAACAGCGUCAGCUUAGAUGACAUGCCUGCUUCUUCUAAGACUAAUCGAAUCACCCUUUCUAUAUAUAUAUAUAUAUAUAUAUAUAUAUUUGUGUUUGCUUGCAGUAAUGGCACGAUUCCAAGUCUCAUCUUGAUAACAGGAGGAAACCUUACCAAAGGCUUACAUGGUCCCGGUGUCAAAUCCACCCUCAUUCUUGGAGUUGCAGUUGUUCGCUAUAUUGCACUGCCCUUAUUUGGGGCAGCCAUAGUAAAGGGGGCAAUUCAUCUAGGUCUUGUGCACCCAGAUCCUUUAUAUCAGUUUAUUCUUCUGCUUCAGCAUGCUGUUCCACCUGCAAUGAACAUUGCUUCCAUGAUCCAAAUGUUUGAGGCUGGUGAAGGAGAACUAUCUGUUAUUUUUCUAUGGACAUAUGCUGUGGCUUCAGUGGCACUCACCCUCUGGUUGACACUCUUCUUGUGGCUUGUGUCAUGAUGGUCUUCUCUUAACCUUGGCAAGGGGUCUUCUCUUAACCAUACAACAUAUUCAGCAGGGAAUUCCAUAAGUUGACAUUUCUACAAUUUGCUGAUUGUGCUAUAACAGGAUGCGGCAUGGGAUGACCGUGGAAUUAAAGCAGACAGUUAUGACAAUCAGAGGAAUAAGAAAAAAGUUUCACCUACUGCUUGAUCUAAUGCACCCAGUUAAUUGACAUGUUUGUUUGGGAUUUGCAUUGGAGUAACCAAUACUUCUAUUUCCUAUACACAUUGUGACAAUUCAAAUAUUGAUUACUGGGAUAGUAAAGUGGAAUAUUCCUCCGA